AAAGCUAUUUCAUUAGGAUUAUCAUGUAUAAUAUCAUCAUCAUUAUCAUUGGUUAUAAUGGCUGCAAUGCAAAUAUUUCGUUUACAAUUAAUCGAAACUAAAUUACUAACAUUAUUUGCCGGUUAUCUUGGUUCAUUAAUCUUUAUAUUUAUAUUAACGGCUAUUAACAAUCUGCAAAUGUCAUUGUUUGGUAAACAUUAUCAAUCCAAAUAUAGCGAAGUUAUAUUUAGUUUAAUUGUGGCCAUGUUUACAUCCGGACUUGUUCAUCAAGUAGCUGUCACUAGUUGUUUAUUAUUCUCGCUUGCGUCAUUAUACUUCCUCAACAUUAUUAGUUCGAAAACUUAUCAAUCAAACAAUUUGAUUGAAAGUAAAUCGUCAAUGAAACAAACAAAUGUACGAAAGAAGAAAUGAUUUAAAAAAAAAACAUUGAUUUUUUCUGGAUUUGGACACCAUUUUCCGGUCAAUCAUCAAAAAAAAUUAUUUGAUUGAAUUCCUGUAUUUGAUACAUUGAACAAUGAUUGAUUCAAU